AUGCUAUCAGAUAUGAAUGAGGCAGCGCUUCUUCCACUGAUCCAGGCAGGAGACGGAAGGACUCUAUCCAGAGCAGAGUUUCUAUCAUUGCUAAACACAUACAACUGCUUCCUCAAGGAUCAGACUCAACUGCAUCUCAGUUACUUCCAGGAUGAUGAUCAGAGAGUGGUAGUGGAAGGCUUCCUAAAUAUCUGUUGGGGAGUUCGAAGACCCAUUCGGCUGAAAAUACAAGAUGAGAAGCAAAUGAUUCCUAGUGCUCCUCUGCUCUCAUCUGACCCAACCAGCCCAGUCAGCCCACUUGGAAAUAGGAGGGGCAUGUCACGGUGGGGAGAAUAUGUCGACCUGCACCAAAUAGAUGAGCUAGAUGGCACAACACAUGAAGCAGUGAACAAAAAUCCUCUCCCAGGGGCUGUUUAUGAGACCACAACAUUGCGUCCUUUGAGGCAGAAGAGCUACGACCUGGAGUCUGAUUCGAAUCUGUUUCGCUGUAUGAGUGAUGCAUCGCUGGUCAAAAGGAGAAGUCGCCGAGGCAAGUCAGCAGCACAAAGAGAGAGAGAGCGGCAGCACCGCUUUUCUAUCAAUGGACACUUCUAUAAUUAUAAGACAUCCAUCUUCACUCCUUGUUUUGGCACAAAAACCAAAGUCCGCAUUAAGAGUAAUAUGACUACAAACCAAGUCAUUGAACAGCUACUAAGCAAAUUCAAGAUAGAGAAUGAUCCCCAGGAGUUUGCCCUAUAUUGUGUUCACCAGAGUGGUGAAAAGAAGAAGAUGAACAAUAGUGACCAGCCACUGUGGGAGCGCAUUCUGCAGGGGCCCUCUGAGGAUGCCAUGAAGAUUUUUUUAAUGGAUAUGGAUGAAGAGGAAGUGAGCAAUGAUGUGGCCCAAUAUCUGAAUUUGGAGCUCCCCAUCUUGGAGCAGGUUCUGUUGAAUUUGAAAGAAGAGGAGAACAGGGAGAUACAAAUGGUUAUUAGCAAGUACCAUAAACAUCACAGAGUCCUGUCCCGAAUGUUAAGUCGCAAGAUUUCUCCUCACAUUGAAACCAGUGUUUGA